AUGGAAAUCAAAUUUGCAAGCAUGGACCCAGUGAGGCUCAUGAGAACUAUAGAGCCUUCCAACUCUGUGUCAUAUGUUCUCCCCUCGGCCUACAGCUCCACCAUCAGUGACUUGUCCAGUGAGUACAGUGGUUCGAGUGUUAUGGACAACGAGGACGUAGUCAUGCAGGAUGCAGAGUAUGCCUAUGCUAAAUGUUAUCCCAGCUAUGAUGUUUUUAGCAAGCAACCUCUGAUUGACAAUGGCUACAUCGAACAUGCAGUGGGUGAUCUCAUGCCCUACAAUCCUGGAUUAUCUCCCAUCACCGCUACCACAUUUGCAACUCUUUCGCUUCCAGACGUUCAUGUUGAUUAG